GGUUCAUAUCCUCUGAGGGGAAAGGAAGAGGGUCUGUGAAUUAGUGCGCAGGCGCAAUGGCGCGCGAACCGACCUUAAAAGCCCCCAGACUCUGCGGAAGCACACCCUCCCCCACGCCUGGAGCCUAGUGCGCUUGCUCAGCGGAUGCGCCGGCCACCAACUUCCCUCUUCUGCGCCUGCGCGACCGUGGUUCCUCAUAUCGUCUUCCCCACCCCCUCCCCACGAGGCUGACCCGUGAAGCCCCGCGAGCUCUGUGAAAGGGCGGGAAAGGCGGUUGGAGAGGGAGGGGCGAGCGGUUACUCACUCCAUGGCUGCGAAAAGGAGAGGAGGCAACGGCGGCGGUGGCCUCAGUUGAAGAGUCGGUGUGAGCGGAGAGUGAAGUCGCGACAUCUCCCCAAGGUUGCAGACGCUGACGGAUUUGCCCCAGAGUCGAAGUAACUGCCACCUGGAAAUUCCACAGCCAUGAGUGGGUUUAACUUUGGAGGCACCGGGGCUCCUGCUGGCGGCUUUACAUUUGGGACCGCAAAGACUGCGACCACCACACCCGCCACUGGCUUUUCCUUCUCUGCUUCUGGCACCGGCACCGGAGGGUUUAAUUUUGGGACUCCCUCCCAGCCAGCUGCGACCACCCCUUCCACCAGCCUCUUCUCACUUGCCACACAGACCUCAACCACACAGACCCCAGGAUUCAACUUUGGAACAACACCUGCUUCUGGGGGAACAGGCUUCUCCCUGGGGAUCAGCACCCCAAAGCUCAGCCUAAGUAGCACAGCCGCCACACCAGCCACAGCCAACACUGGCAGCUUUGGGCUUGGCAGCAGUACUCUUACCAAUGCCAUCUCAGGUGCCAGCACCUCCAGCCAGGGGACAGCCCCCACUGGCUUUGUCUUUGGCUCUUCUACCACCUCUGCUCCGUCCACCGGCACCACGGGAUUCUCAUUCACCAGUGGCAGUGCAUCCCAGCCUGGAGCCUCCGGCUUCAACAUUGGCUCUGUGGGUAGUUUGGCCCAGCCCACAGCACUGUCUGGCUCUCCCUUCACUCCAGCCACUCUGGCGACAACUACGGCAGGAGCAACACAGCCAGCUGCUGCUACACCCACUGCUGCCACCACCAGUGCAGGGUCUACACUGUUUGCUUCAAUAGCUGCUGCUCCUGCCUCAUCCAGUACUACAGUGCUUUCCCUCUCGGCUCCAGCGACAACUGCAGCCACUCCUACUGCUGGGACUUUGGGCUUCAGCCUCAAGGCCCCUGGAGCAGCUCCUGGCGCCUCUACCACCAGCACCACCACCACUACUACCACCACCACUACUACUGCCUCCACCUCCUCCUCCACCACGACCACUGGCUUUGCCUUAAGCCUGAAACCCCUGGUGCCAGCUGGCCCCAGCAGCGUGGCAGCUACUGCUCUGCCUGCCUCCAGCACAGCAGUUGGGACUACGACGGGUCCAGCAAUGACCUAUGCGCAGCUGGAAAGCCUGAUCAACAAGUGGAGUCUGGAGCUGGAGGACCAGGAGCGGCACUUCCUGCAGCAGGCCACGCAGGUCAAUGCCUGGGACCGCACACUGAUUGAGAAUGGGGAGAAGAUCACCAGCCUGCACCGAGAGGUGGAAAAGGUGAAGCUGGAUCAGAAGCGUCUGGACCAGGAGCUGGACUUUAUCCUGUCACAGCAGAAGGAGCUGGAAGACCUUCUGAGCCCGUUAGAGGAGUCAGUGAAGGAGCAAAGUGGCACCAUCUACCUUCAGCAUGCUGAUGAGGAGCGUGAGAAGACCUACAAGCUGGCUGAGAACAUCGAUGCUCAGCUCAAGCGCAUGGCCCAGGACCUCAAGGACAUUAUUGAGCACCUGAACAUGGCUGGUGGCCCUGCAGACACCAGUGACCCACUGCAGCAGAUCUGCAAGAUCCUCAAUGCACACAUGGACUCCCUUCAGUGGGUGGACCAGAGCUCUGCCCUGCUGCAGAGGAGGGUGGAGGAGGCCAGCCGUGUGUGUGAGAGCCGGCGCAAGGAACAGGAACGCAGCCUGCGCAUUGCCUUUGACUAGCCGUACAUGAGUUGGGGGUGGGGGUACCUCUUUUGUUGUAGGGCUGCUGGCUUUGGGGUGGUUGUAUUGUUGAGAAAAAUGCUCUUUGGUUUGGUUCCCUGUUAUCAGAAGUGGUUUGCGAAGGCAUGAUGUCAUGGAUGUAAUAACCUGUGUGCUCUGGAGACAGGUGUGAAGGUCACUGAACUCUAGGCCAGCAUUUAAAGAACAAGGGCAAACUCAUCCUUUAGCCACUCCAAUACAACUGUGACAGUGGGAUGGCAUGCUCCAGAGAUGUUGGCCAAGAAACUCACCUGGAAUGGAGACAUGGCUUCUGUGCUUCCCUACUUCUCUAACUCUCAUCUAACCCAUGUCCUCCAGAGCCUGUGCUGCACAAAGCAGAGUCACCAAGGGAGACUGAGCUUAACACCGGUUUGCACUGGCUACCCCUCUCACCCCUCUCUUGUGAGCUUCUGUGGCAGGGACUGACUGCUGAUAGUUCUUUGAGAACAGAGUGGCUGUGGAUUUGCUUCUGAAUGUCCCAGUGUCAAACCUUAGAUUCAUAGUGUUGAAGGCUGGCAGUUAUGUCUGGUCUAUUUUAUUUCUCCACACUCUACUGUAGCCUCUAUGGUCCCUGAUCAAAACAUUGCUUUUCUAAAUAAAGAAAACAUUGUGAAAUCAGA